UUUUUUUCAACCAUCAUCAAUCAAUGGAUAGGGGACACAAAAGUCUUAAACCGACUGCCACGUGUAUCAUUUGCUUUAGCCCUGUAUCCGGUCUUUUCCUCUGGAUGGUAUUGGUGGAACUAUGAGACAAAUCUGAUCAAUUAUGCACCCUUAGCCAAGUCACCAUCCACCUCCUAUAAGACUAAAUUUUCUCCCACAUUGUUGAUCUCUCCAAACUAUGGUUACCCUGCACCAACUGAAAACCAGGAAAUAGUCCUGAGAGAACUACUUUUACAGCACAUGCAAAGGUCUUCAGGAAAUCUUGUUCUAAGCGGUUAUAAUUCCAUCGGCGAUAAUCAGCAAGAUUGCAAGUUACUGGAGAAGUUAGAUGAUUACAAAGCCAAGUGCUCUUACCUUAAGUCCAAUAACCCAUGUGUCUCUCAAGGCUAUGUUGAUUAUCUUUACCUUUUUUAUUGCAAUUUUGGAAGAUUUCCCUUGUUGGGCCAUUGCCUUCUAGUCCUUUGGCUCCUUGUGUUGUUUUAUCUCUUGGGAAACACCGCCUCAGAAUACUUUUGUUAUUCUCUUGAAAGCUUAUCAAGCCUGUUAAAAUUGUCCCCUACACUUGCUGGUGUUACACUCUUGUCUCUUGGCAAUGGUGCCCCGGAUGUGUUUUCCAGCAUAGCCUCCUUCAUGGAUAGUGGAACAGAGGAUGUUGGCCUAAAUACGGUGCUGGGUGGUGCUUUCUUUGUAACUUGUGUUGUAGUCGGAGCAAUAAGCACUUUAACGCACAGGAAACGAGUUCAGGUUAACAAACCUGCCUUUGUAAGAGAUGUUUGCUACAUCCUCUUGGUUCUUGCAUCCUUAAGUUUGAUAUUGGUUUAUGGGAAAAUCAAUCUUUGGGGAGCAAUGACUUUUUCUUCAAUGUAUAUUCUAUAUGUUAUCAUUGUUUACAUCAUGUAUAUUUUUUGGAAUUCUGGUGGCAUGGAAAACAUAGAUUCCGAUUCAAGUUAUAAUAGUGGCUUGAGCAUACCGCUUUUGACUGGGAUUGAGAAAGUAGAGCUUGAUUGUUUAGAGGAAGGGAAUCUGGAAGAUAAUAAUGGGGUAGGAUUCAAGAAACGUUGCUUUUGUUUAAGACUAUUAGCUCCUUGUAGUAUGUUGCUAUUUAUCCUUCAGAUGCCCCUUGAUUUACCUAGGAGAUUGACAAUUCCUAUUGCCUGUGAAGAGAGAUGGUCUAAGCCAGUAGCAGUUGUUUCAGUGGCAUUGGCACCAAUUCUCAUAUCUGUACUUUGGGACCUUCAAGAUGACAAUCUCAGCUUUAAUACAAGCCUGCUGGUCUACGGAAUUGGGUUCCUGUUUGGAAUCACUUUUGGGGUUCUUGCAUAUUUGACAACUGAAAAUUCCAGCCCACCAAAGAAAUGCUUGUUCCCAUGGUUAGCUGGAGGGUUCAUAAUGAGUGUGAUCUGGAGUUACAUCAUAGCUCAAGAAUUGGUUGGCUUAUUGAUUUCAAUUGGGUACUUAACUGGAAUCAGUCAUUCUAUCCUUGGGUUGACCGUCCUUGCUUGGGGCAACUCCCUUGGAGAUCUAAUCACCAACUUGACGAUGGCAUUGAAUGGUGGUCCCAAAGGGGCACAAGUGGCUAUAUCAGGCUGUUAUGCUGGCCCUAUCUUCAACAUACUGUUUGGAUUGGGCAUGUCUAUGAUCGGCUCUGCCUGGUUUGGAUACCCUUCACCAGUGCAGAUCCCUAAAGAUCCUUACCUCCUGGAAACAUUGGGUUUUCAAGUUGCUGCCUUGCUAUGGGCACUUUUGGUUCUGCCAAUGAGAGAUAUGAGGCUUGAUGGGGUCCUGGGAGGAGGGCUUUUUCUGAUCUACUUGACUUCUAUCUCUUUAAGGCUGAUUCAAGUAGUUGGACCAAUCCAACUUCACACAGUAACCUAGUCUGUUCAUGCCAGUCACUCGAAAACUAUGUAACUGUUUAGAUGUCGCGAUGCAAUCAAUUUUUUUUAUAUAUCCUUCCUGUUUAUAGUAACCACUAAUUUACUGAUUGGAUUUUCAAUGAAUGGUAUGUACACGUUAUUCUGUUUUCAA